CUUCAUUUAUAUCAUUGGUUCGGGCCAAUCGUUUUCUCUUCCUAACAGUCCUCUGCUAGACACACACGAUCGAAUUUCUCUCGAUCGUUCGCUUCUCUGUGGACUGCGGAUCUACGAAGUAAAAUAAACAGAGAACUCUCUCCAUCAUCCUACAGUCCUCCUAUAUUUUAUCAUCCAGAUAGAGACCACACCAUUUUUGGUUUAUAAGCAUGUAUCUCAUCAUCAUUUUGUUAUCCGCUUCGGAGUGAAAGAAUUGGAGCUAAAAUGAACAUUCAAAGUGGAAUGGAGGACGAUGCAAUGCUAGUAGGCCAGGCACAAAUAUGGCGGUACCUAUACGGAGCUUUUGAUGGCAUGGCUCUAAGAUGUUGUGUUGACCUCCGUAUUCCUGAUAUAAUAAGCAAUAACAAUCGCCCUACAACAUUGUCAGAAAUUGCAAGUGGCAUUGACUCUCCCUCCAUAGAUGUUGAUGGGCUUAAACGACUCAUGAGCUUCAUGGUGUACAGAAAGGUGUUCGAUGAAGAAGAUGGCGAGGGAUCAGAAACAAUUUACUCCUUGAACCACUGUUCUAAGUUGUUGUUAUCAAGUACAAAUGUGACUUUAGCACCAUUGGUUAUGAUGUUUACGAAUCCAGUCAUUGGUUUGGCUAUUAAUGCGCUAAGUCAAUCAGUUAAAGAAGGUGGUACGGCAUUUAAGCAUACCCAUGGAGAAGAAUUCUUUGACUUUACAUUGCUUAACUCCGGGUUCAAUAGAAUUUUCAACGAGGGUAUGGCAUGUACUGCUAAGAUCACUAUGGAUGCCAUCAUCUCAGUUUACAAGGAUGGAUUUCUUGGGUCAAAAGGAAGUGUGGUGGAUGUUGGAGGUGGUACUGGUGUCGCAAUAUCUAAGAUUGCGAAGACCUAUCCACAUCUUAAGGGUAUCAACUUUGAUUUGCCACAUGUAAUUUCCACUGCGCCGACAUAUGAUGGUGUUACUCAUGUUGCUGGUGACAUGUUUAAGGUCAUCCCUCCUACAGAAACGAUCUUCAUGAAGUGGGUCUUGCACAAUUGGAGCAAUGAUGAUUGCAUUAAGAUACUUAAAAAUUGUCGAAGAGCAAUACCUAAAGAAACCGGAAAAGUCAUUAUUGUGGAGAUCGUACAACACUCAACUGAAGAUGAUCCUUUUAACUACACACGCAUUACAUUUGAUCUAGUAAUGUUUGCAUUCUUUCCUAGUGGAAGACAACGAUCUGAAAACGAGUGGAAAAAUCUUCUUGGUGAAUGUGGCUUUAGUCAUUACAAUAUUAUUAAGAUACCCGCACUUGUGUCGAUUAUCGAGGCUUUUCCAUAAUUAAUUUUUAACGUAAAGUUUUCUUGUUGAAUGCUGAGGUUCUAAGCCUAUGUGUAGGAAAUUGUUUCUAAUCUACCAUAAUAAAUGAAAAUGACUUUGCCA